AUGAAGUUGAACCCAGCAAAGUGCACAUUCGGAGUCUCUUCAGGCGAAUUCCUCAGCUACAUAGUCACACAGAACCCGAAGCAAAUAUCCGCGGUCCUGAACCUCCCAAGUCCGAGGAACAGUAGAGAAGUACAACAACUCACAGGCCGGAUAGCUGCUCUAAAUCGUUUCAUCUCCAGAUCCACCGACAAGUGCCUCCCCUUUUACGAUCUCUUGCGGGGAAACAAGAAGUUCAUUUGGGAUCAGAAGUGCGAGGAUGCAUGUACUCAACUCAAGCAAUACCUGACAACACCUCCAGUACUCGCUAAGCCGGACGUCGGUGAUGUUCUAUCUCUCUAUGUCGCGGUGUCACAAGCUGCAGUCAGCAGCGUUCUGACAAAGGACGACCGCGGCGAACAAAAGCCCAUCUUCUACACAAGCAGACGCAUGACCGGACCAGAAACGCGAUACCCGACUCUGGAAAAGAUGGCUUUAGCAGUUGUCAAGGCAGCAAGAAAGCUUCGACCGUAUUUCCAGUCACAUUCAGUGGAGGUACUGACUGAUCAACCUCUCCGAACGAUACUCCAAAACACCAACAGAUCUGGCAGACUCACGAAGUGGGCCAUCGUACUCGGCGAGCUCGAUAUUACCUACAAGAACCGCACAGCGGCGAAGUCCCAAGUCCUUGCGGACUUCCUGGUCGAGUUGGCCCCAGAAUUGGAACAAGAUCUUAUACUCCCAAGCUCAAACUGGACGCUGCACGUCCAUGGAUCAUCGACCAACAAGGGAGCAGGAGCCGGAGUCCAACUACAGUCCCCGACCGAAGAGCUAAUCAGACAGUCUUUCAGCUUUGGCUUUCCCGCGUCAAACAACGAAGCAGAAUACGAAUCUCUGAUCGCUGGACUCCGCUUAGCAAAAGCCGUAAAAUCUAAACGACUAAGCGCCUAUUGCGACUCUCAAUUAGUCGCCAGUCAGUUCAGCGGCGACUACGAUGCCCGCAACGACCGAAUGGACGCCUAUCUCAAAAUAGUGCAAAGCCUGGCAGCAGAGUUCGAGUUUUUCGAACUCAUCAAAGUUCCAAGAGGCGAAAACAUCUGCGCCAACGCCCUCGCGGCCCUUGGCAGCAAACUUCAUGAUCAAGUUAAACGCACUAUCCCGAUACAUCGUAUCGAGAAACCAAGCAUCGAUAUAUUAACCGAUCAAGCACUCGUCGUUGCCCCGGUGAUCGAACCCGCUAACCCAGAUGACGACGGAUUUGGUCCUGAUUGGAGAACUGAGUUUAUAGACUACCUCUCGAAGGGAGAACUCCCAAACGACAAAUGGACAGCUCGCCGACUAAAAACACGCAGCGCCCAUUACGUCGUUCUUGAUGAUGAACUACACCGCUGGACCGCGAGUAAAGUGCUCCAAAAAUGCAUUCAUGGCGACGAGACAGCAAGGGUUAUGGCGGAGACGCACGAAGGCGCUGGCGGAAAUCAUUCAGGCGGACGUGCAUUAGCAAUCAAAGUAAGGAGCUUAGGCUUCUUCUGGCCAACAAUGAACGCAGAUUGCGAGUCUUACGCGAGAAGCUGCGACAAGUGCCAACGGCACGCACCUAGUAUCCAUUGUCCAACAGAAAUGUUGCGAACAACCACCGCUCCAUACCCGUUCAUGCGAUGGACAAUGGACAUCAUUGGACCACUUCCCU